AACAUUUUGCUUCCGGUUCCGGUCGCUAUGGCGACUGGGCGCCUUCGGGUGGAGGAAACCCUGGGGGCCCUAAAUGCGGCCCUGGGAGCUGGCGGUCCCGUGUGGUUCAAAGAGACGCGCGCCCGCCACCUGCGUGCCCGAGACUUCCUGGCGCCGCGGCGAGCACUACAGGCGCGCUUCGAGGACGGACAGGUGCCGGAGCCUGUGGUCCAUGCUGUGGUCGGCCUGCAGGGCCCCGGUGUGGCCCCGGUGUUGCGUUGCGAGCCAACACCCGCGGGUCUGGCGCUUCAACUGGAGCGGUCUGCUGUCUUCGAGCGCGUGCUCGGCGCCGUGGCUGCCUAUGCCGCGCCCGCCGCGCUCCCUGCGCAGGGUCAGCGCGUCCUCCUGCACUGCCCAUCGCUGCGUGCUGCCCCCUGCGCGCUCCGCCUGUGCCAGCUGCGCGCUGUGCUCGUGGCGGAUCACCUUGCUCGAGCUUUGCAGGUUCACGGGGUGAGUGUGAGCCUAGUGCCCGCCGUACGGGACCCGCAUAUGUCGACUUUCCUGCAGCAACUGCGGGUGGACUGGCCCUCUGCCUCGGAGCAAGCCUCAACGGAAGCCCUGUUGAGCCGCGCACUAGCAGAGUUUACCUCUGCUGGUGACAGGGGAGCCCUACCCCCGGACGUCCUUGGCAGUGUGCGUCUGAAGGAGCUGGUGGAAGGACGGGGACGCACAGCUGGCUAUGACCCCAACCUGGACAACUGUCUGGUGACUGAGGACCUGCUCUCCGUGCUGGCUGAGCUGCAGGCAGCUGUGCGGCAAUGGCCUGAGGAUGGCUCCCUAGGCCUGGCUGCAGCCCCAGAUGCUGGUACGGACAGCUGCGUGGUGAUACACGUGGUAAGCUAUGAGGAAGAGUUCCAGCAACAGAAGUUGGACCUUCUUUGGUGGAAGUUGGAUGACCACGCCCCUCUCAGACAGAAGCACCUGGUGUGUGGCCCCGUGAAAGUAGCUGGUGUGCCUGGCACCCUGACUGCCCCCGAGUACUACGAGCUCCGGCAUGCCCAGGUGCGCAAGGCUUCAGCACUGAAGCACAGCAGGGACCUGGCACAAGACCCAGCCUGGACAGAAACCUUCAGGGUUCUCUCUGUGGCGACCAUCAAGUUUGAGAUGCUCAGCAAGGCCCCGCAGAGUCAGCUUCUCGUGGUCCUGGCCGACGGCAUUUCCACCAAGGGGACCAAGAGUGGCACCUUUGUCAUGUAUAAUUGUGCCCGUCUCGCCACACUCUUUGAGGGUUACGAGCGCGGCAUGGAACAAGGUCUGUACCCUGCUUUUCCACCUGUGAGCAGCCUGGAUUUCUCUCUGCUUCGUGAAGAGGGUGAGUGGCUGCUGCUAUUCAACAGCGUCCUCCCCUUCCCAGACCUACUGGGCCAGACCGCAGCCCUGGACCACAUAGCCCCAGGGCUCCACAUCACUGCACGCACAGAGAUGGUGUGCAAGUUUCUGGUGCAGCUGAGCAUGGAUUUCAGCUCAUACUACAAUCGGGUACACAUCCUAACGGAGCCUCGACCACACCUGUUCGGUCAAAUGUUUGCCCGCCUGCAACUUCUACGGGCCGUGCGUGAAGUGCUCCACACUGGCCUGGCCACGCUGGGUCUCCCUCCACUGAGCUACAUCUAAGGCCACAGAGGUUCCAGCACGUGGGAAUGUUCACAAAGUCAUCAACUGUUUAAAAAACAAACCAACCAACCAACCCCACAGAUUUUUGU